AUGGAGAUAAGCGUUGUUGGUGUCAAUGGAUCCUUUCGUCUCCACGACUUUGUCAUACCUUUUCAAGAGAACGUUGGAGCCUUCUAUGUUAAUGCCAACACCAAAUUCGCCCCUCUAUCCAUAGGGAUCGAGCCCGAGCCAACAAAGCGUGUUUCUCGGGCCGACCUACCCCAGGAGGCCCUAAUGGUGAAGGAGUUUGGCUCCUUGGUGACCAAGAUUAGAGACCAUGGAUUGGAGUGGGAGAAGAAGUGGCCUAUUAUAAGUAGGAAGACUCAGCUUGUCGUCGACGCCGUUAAGGCGUCCAUCUACAAGGGCUACGUGGCUAUUGAGGUUGUGGAGUAG